GAGCUUACCCCGCCUUAUCACGUUUCCGGUCCCCCAGACAGAAGCUUUAAUAUUAAUUUGCUUUUUCUAACAGCGUAGAAUUGUACUUCCUCUAGAAAGAACCUUUUUCUGCCUUGAAGAGCUGUCACCUAGAUUAUGUCUAGAUGUGGAGCUAGCUAUACUGACUCAGAAUCAUCCAUCCCAUCUUCAUUUCUGACCUACGGGUAGGUAUUCCACCUUGUCGUUGUUAGGAGGCGGUCUCAUCGCUGCCUAGUAGAUCUCAGCCUGAUUGGAAAUUUUACCACUUUAUUUAAGUUAAAUUCAUCUCUCAAAAUUUUUAUAGAAAGCGAAAUCAAAAGGCGUCACCUUGAAUUCUUUACCUCAAAGCUCUUAAAACGACAAUGGGCACGCCCGCAUCCAGGGUUACCGGAUUCACUCCUGGCAAGCUAAUCUGUGGCGCUUCUGAUGAGAGAUUGAUCUUUCCCGACCAUUCAAACAGAAUGGACCCGAAAGUUGAGGAGAAGGCUCCUAUUAAAUCGUCCAGUAACAAGUACCCAGGAGUGUUUAGUAUUUCAGGGCAAAAAGAUGAAACGGACAUGAAUGAUGGCCGUAAAACUCCAACCUUAAACGAUGGUGCGUAUAUUAUGGAUUAAACCCUACACCUGCUUAACUCGAUAAUAUUUGAUUUAAUACUAACGGAAGAUUAUCAAACAGUGCAGCCACUGUUUAACUCCGCAUGGGAAGAUACGACUGAGGGAAGCCCUCUCGGCAUGAAGGAGCGCAAGACUCGACAAAAGCUGAAUGAAAGAGAUCAUAAUGCAGUUGAAUAUAGUAAAUCACUUCUAGAUGAAGGUGACACUCAAGUAUACAUCUCAUAUCCUGGAGGGAUCACAUUCUAUGACUCGAAAGGCGACUCUCUACCAUACAAAGUAUAUCGAGUUGAUAGCGAAAAGCUGAAGGCUCUCGGUUCACCGAAAUUCUCCCGGAUGUUCGAGGAAAGACCACAAUACUGGGCGAGAAAGAGAAAAGGCCUCUUGCAUCACCUUCCAGAUGGCAUGAGAUAUGUGCUUGACCUCACACCAUCUGAGGAAGGUGACGAGGCAGUCGAGCUGGUAUCAGAAUUGUCUUGCUCGGCAGGAAUCAGAAACUGGUAUUUAGCCGAGCAACGCUGUGGUGUCGAAAAGCAACUGGUUGCCGGUGAUGAUGAUAUUCCUGGGCCUGCGAUUGUACCAGCCAAAGCUGCAGAGCAGCUCCGAGUGAAAAAUUCUGCAGCCGGAGUAGUUGACCUCUUCUUCAGCCCUUUAGACCCAACGAUUGACUCGCGCUUCAACGAUGAAUUUUUUCGUACAUCUUUAGGUCGCAAGGUACUUAAACAGACCGCGUGUACCGACGGAAAUUUCGUUGAUGAUUGUGAAAUGCAAAAAGCAAUCAAGAAUAGCUUGGAAGGACAUGCAUUUAAUGAACCUGCUGCUAAAGCCUCAGCGGGAAUUGUUCGACAAGACUUUCUCCAAACAGAAUUAAAGAAGGAGGUACUAGACUACAGCCCAAUCCGGCACAGAGUAGGAAUAGACAAUCUUCUCAGGAUCAUUCAGGGUAAAUUUCCUAAACUGGACUCGGCGCCAAAGGUAUGGACUUUAUUUGUUUUGGCGAAGUAUUAUGAAUGUACAAGUGUUGUGGUAAGACCCCCAUCACGAAUGUUACGUUUCUAUUUCCUAACUUGAUCCUAGGUUGACUAUAUUACUUCAUGGAUCAUGAACGGUAGUAAUAUCAAAUUUCUCGAAAUACUUCCCGAAGCCAGUUUGAAUCUUGGACUUGGCCUGAAGAUACCUAUGAUUACGAGAGCUGCAUUUUCUAUUCUUGUUUCUGAAGAGGCACUUAAUGUGGCUUCACGAACUCUAUGUAAAAGCCAUGAUGACAGGCGAGCAGCAGACAAAUAUGUUCGACCUCGUGAGGAGCUCGAUGAAGAUUUGUGGAACGUUAUUCAACAUGCAAGUCAGGACUUUUGCGACCGCAUCCAGAAAAUUAUUACUGAUUUGUUAGAUGAAAGAAUGGCUUGGUUCCUAGAACUGCCAGAGUACAGAAAAAUAUGCAAGUUUGAAGACUAUUGCUACAAGAAGAAAGACACGAGCAAGACAGAAAAGGCUGUAUAUGAGAGAAGGAAGUCGGUUAUUCAGCAACUGCUCGUCAACCUUCGUAGUUAUGUCCGAGCGAAAAUUGUUAUCUGUUUGAACCAAGGAUUAAAAAGCUUCGAGAUUACUCGGGCGGAAAACAAUCAGCGGGAGGUUCAGUGGGACAUACCAGAAGUCGGUACAAAAGAUGUACCCGAUGCAGAUUACAUCUAUAACGGCCUUGGAGUUCGUGAAAGAGUUUUACUGCCAUACUUUUGGCGUCGCCUUCGGGAUGUCAAUUGGCAUGACAUGUCAAUGGAGAGCCUCAGGCUUGCCCUAUAUGAUCCGCAAUUACUUCGUUCGGGGAAAUGUCUUGCGGAUAGAGAUACCAUUCGCAGGAUAAACCGUUAUCACCUUGAAAUUUAUGUCAGUGACUUCAAUCGUGAGGUCAACCUUGCAGCCAGGCAGGAAAACUAUCACCCGUCUUCGCCUUCGGAUCCGGAUCCUACAGUACUACAGCCUAACACUAAGAGCAUGAAUGCGGAAAGACCAAAUUAUGCAUUCAUGAGUGCUUACAACCCAGAUCAUGCUUAUCUUCAAGCACGCCUAGUGGAAGAUAGCUCUGAGUUUUCCUUCGCCAACAAUCCAAAGUCAUUCUCAGCUAACCCCAAUCCCAGCCUCCACCAGCCAGACAUAGAUGCCGCCAAUAACUUCGACCUUUCUACUUUUCUCAAAGAACUCGGUCACCACAUUGAGGAUAUCUGUCUUUACAUGCUCUCCAAACCUGAUGGAUCAGAAUUCACAAUAUUGACAGAUACAUUACUCUGCCUGACCGAUAAUGAAUGGCAAUAUCUACCCUUAUGGGCAGGCGGAAACGACGAUGGAAGUGGAGGCGUUACGAGCGCAGAUGUUCCGCCGGCUUAUUAUGCUAAUGUUGGUAGUCUUACGCCAGGUGUACAAUAUAAAGGGGUAGCGGGAUUUGUGGGCUCGGUUAACACUAGUUUGGUUGUUAGGGAUGGGAGUAAUCGGACGGCUACAAUCCCGGGGAGUGAGGCUUGGGGUGAGGCUUGGGGUGAUGUUGGGAGUGAUGGUGGAAGUGGAGUGGGGAUAGCUACUGAUGGUGAUGUGCGGAGCGUUUCUUCGAUAGAGAGUUAUGAUAUGGCUGUUAUGAUGCCAGUGGGGAGUUGUGGUGGGAGUGGAAGUGAGAGCGAGUUUGAGAUUGUCAAUGUAGGCGAGGAUGAAGAGAGUGGUGAUGACUUUACGUUUGCUGGGAAUAGUAGCGUUAGUGAAAGCGGGAUAUCAGACGAUGAGAUAGUUCAUCAUGAUAAAGGAAAGGGAAAGUGGAAAGAGAAAGAUUAUGAGGAGGAUGACAUGGCCUGGAAAGAUCAAGAAGAUCUAGACGAUGAUUGGGAGGGAUAUUUCACUGAUGAUUAGACUACCUAGUACUAGUGAAUGAACUAAUGGAAACGAGAUGCUUUGGGGAUAAUGGAAGAACAGGAAACCACAAGGACCAUUGGAGAAAACAGGGGAUCUACAAGAGGGGAUAACGCUUCAGGGGUAAUUGAGCACAUCAUGAGGAAAUAGAAACUGAAUGGCAAAUUUGUACCAAUAAAUAUCAAGAUCAAGACAAUUCUUAAUAGUCUUUAAGAAUGUUCAAAUUGAAAACUAAAGAGAGCUAUGGAGAAUUAGAGACUUUUUCCCAUCAGAUACGUAAACUUAAUCUGGAUAUUAACACGCUAUUAUCCUAUAAUCUCCAGAACAAACUAAUCUAAGUACUUGACUUGAAUAAUAACCAUCAACUUUCUUCAGCUUAAAUGCUUUCAAUUGAUUUGCACUGAUGUGCAAGCGAACUUGAGGUAGUGCUCCUGAGCUCUCAGCUCUAAUAGUUGACCCUGAUAUCUGCCGACAAAUUACAAACAAAGUUUCAAUUGCAUCCAUGACUUUAAUAAAUGUUCUUCCCUAUCUUGAUCGUGA